AUGUUAAUAACAGAGAAUCAAGGUGAAGUUUCAAAUGUGCGGGAGAAUGGCGUGUCCGGAGGCAUCGGACUGGGUGAGAGUCGCUUUAGGACUAAUACAUUUGCUAUGGAUACACCGGUCAUGUCCAUCACCUCUGUUGACGAAAAUGAAUAUGAAUGUGAGGUGUCAGAAGAAGACAAUAACGAGGAGAGUGAAGUGGAUUACACACGAAACUAUUGGGAGGAUGAGGACGAUAUCUACCAGGAGUUCGACGAGUUGGACUUCGAUUCGCUGCCGGAUCGCUCGGACACACAGAGCAUUGCCUCAGACGAUUCUUUCUAUCCCCCAGAUAAUUCAGCUGGGUCAGACGUUUACCGCUCACUGAGUCCUGACAGCCCCGAGCCCAUUUCCUUCUUUAAAGCCUGCUGCAACAACAGCGUCAUCAUUGUCAAGAUUAUGAUCAGACAAGGAGUGACCGAAGAGGAAGUGAAAGAGACGGAUCGGAACGGAAGAUCUGGUCUGAUUGUGGCGUGUUACCAUGGCUACGUGGACGUGGUCAUCGCCCUCUCUCGGUGCCCGUAUCUUGAUAUUAACUGGCAGGACAACGAGGGCAACACCGCUUUUAUUACUGCAGCACAAGCAGGUCAUUCGUACAUCUCAAACUACCUGCUCAACUACUUCCCUGGGAUGGACAUGGAGAGGAGGAACUGUCACGGUUUCACAGCGCUGAUGAAGGCUGCCAUGCAGGGUCGGGCCGAGUGUGUCAGGUCCCUCAUGCUGUCUGGAGGUGAUAUUCAGGCCCGGGACAGUAGCCGCCAUAUGACGCCCAGGGAGUGGGCUCUCUUCACUGGUCGAUACGAGACUGCCAACCUAAUGUAUCGGCUGAUGUCAAAGCCCUGUGCCGAGCAGUUCUGUGACACCUUCUCCCAGGAGUGGCCCAUGUUGGAGGAGCUGGUGGCCCGGGCCCAGGAGCCAAAGUCCUGCUGGAGGCAUUUGAUCAACUUCUUUUCCUGCUGCCCUUAUAGGUUUUACAUGACCAAUAGGGUAGACCCUGUCGAUGAUGGCGUUCUUGAGCACAUGGUCCAGAUCACCACCUGUAUCUCCUAUCCAGUCAUUGCCACGGCUUGCCGCACGGUGUGUCCAGGCAGCCCACCGUGCAUCGGGAAGCGUCGUCAGGCCGUGCAGGAGAUCCUGAGGAGGCAGCGGAUAUCUGAGCUGAAGAGCAUGGGCCCGGACAGAUUGAACCACUACAAGAGGUUUUUUCAGAACUCACGUGUCCUCCUUAUCCCCAAGGUGACGGAUCGGAGAGCCAGCCUGCAGCCUCAGCUGCUGUGCGACGUGGCCACAGUGGCCAUUAGACGAGCAAGCCUCCUGCCUCUGAAUAUGCUGAGGAGAAACAGCGUGCGGCCAGGCAUCGUGGUGCCUAAAGUUAGGCUCUGCAAAGCCCCGGCUCCGAUCUUCAUACCAGAAAGACUCAAACGGAGCCGUAACCACAACGAGCUCCAGAUCCCCAAGUGGAACUACAAGAUGAAGAAAAUAGAGAGGAGGCAGGAGGAGGAGAGGCUAAGACUGCCACCUCAGAUAAGGAGGAGAUGA